ACCGAUUAAACAUUGUCAUAUAUUCAAGAUGCCAAAAAACUACACAGAGGAAGAUCUUUCCCGAGCAGUUUCAGCUGUGAAAAGAAAUCAGUUAACUGUGACUCAGGCUGCCAAAGAAUAUGGCCUUCCUCGGACAACACUUACCGACCAUGUAAAGAAUCCUGAAACCAGGACAAAGAAAGGUCCACAAAAACAGCUUACUAAGGAAGAAUCGGAUGGUCUAGUGGCAUUCGUACUGUACAUGGCGGGACACGGGUUUCCGAUGACCAGACUAAUGGUUCGAUGCUACGUUCAGGAGAUCGUACGACGUUCCGGUCGUACAACGUUAUUUAACUUAGAAAAAGGUCCAAGUGACGAAUGGUUCAGGAAACUUAAAGCUGACUAUCCACAGCUGGCCUUCAGAAAACCUGAGAACCGCGACAGGGGUAGGAGCAGAAUGUCCAAUAAGAAGGUCGUCAACGACUUUUUUCAGUUCUGGUCUGAUACGCUGCAAAAACAUGGCUUACUAGAUAAACCAUCACAGGUUUACAACUGUGAUGAAACCGGCUGGUCUGGUAAGGAAACUGCUCGCGGGAAAGUUAUAGGGCCAAGGACAGGUCACGUGUUCCAGCAGAAGGUAAUGACAGCUGAUCACCUCACAGCACAUUUAUGUGUUUCGGCAGACGGGAUAUAUAUCCCAACCAUGGUGAUUUUUAAAGGUGGAAUGCCACAUCGCAAUUACAAGGAUGGCUUGCCAGGAUCAUGACUUUUUGCUACUUCAGAAAGUGGAUAUAUGGAUUCUGAAUUAUUUUUUGAGUGGUUUGAGAAAGCAUUCUUGCCUAACUGCGGGAGAGCUCGUCCAGUGCUGCUUCUCAUGGACAAUCAUGAUUCUCACAUCUCUCUGCCUUUGAUUGAGAAAGCUAGAACAGAGGGUGUUAUUCUGGUAGGGUUACCUUCGCAUACAACACACUUCUUGCAGCCACUCGAUGUCCGUGUUAUCGGACCACUUAAGAAAAAGGUUGGCACACUAGCUUCAAGUGUUGGCUUUGCACGGCCAGGUUGUACCAUUGGUAAGUCUCGACUGCCAGUACUACUGAGCUAUGCAAUUGACAGUACACCCCCGACAACAGUCAAAGAAGCUUUCAGACUUGCUGGCAUAAUGCUAGUCAACCCUGAGGUAAUCGACGUGAGUCAACUAAUUCCCCCUACCUUUGCUGGUGACACUGUGUGUGAUGAAUCAGAAGAGCCCACUCAGACGUGCGAAACCUGUGGACAGUUUAUCGGCCAGAAUCCUUUAGUAAAAAGGAGAGUCGUGCCAGCUUCUCUGGCAGAAGUUCUUGUACCGCUACCAGCAAAACCAUUGUCAGAGAAGAAAAAGAUGGGCAGAGUUGUUAUAAGCGGCAGGGUGAUAUCGGGAGACGAGAUGUUGCAAGUAUUAAAGGUAGUUUGAGUAUCAAAGUUAGUAUGAUAAAGAGUAAAACGCACACACUGUACAUAAGUAAAAUUUACUGAAUAGCUUUGAGCGCAUCGUG